AUGGCGGACGAUAAUUCGAAAUCAACAGCAACAACAAAGAAGGCCUUAGAUCCUACUACAAUGCCAACGGCAAACAAAUCUUUGAGUAAUGCAGAUAGUCCGGAUUCUUCCUGCAUAUCGUGUCCUGAUACUCAGCCAGUAUGCCCUACAUGCCCUCAAGGCGUAAAGUGUGUUCUCUCCAUAAGGACUUGUCGUUCAUGUCCGCAAGCAUCAUGUGAUAGUAAAUCAUCUUCCGAUGAUUCAAACAGCAAAAGUGGCGGAAAAAACAU